AUGUCCAAGUAUUGGAGGCAGCAUUCCUCGGAGGGAAACCUGCAAGAAAUGCUGCUUGACAACGACGCUGAGGACAUCGCUCGAGAGGAGACACCGGAAAUCCUCUCCAUGUUGCCGGACUAUGAGAAUAAAGAUGUCAUAGAACUUGGAGCCGGGAUAGGUCGUUUCACGUCGUCUCUCUCCGAGCAGAGCAAGAGCGUGGUGGCUGUAGAUUUCAUGCAAAACUUCAUAGAAAAGAAUAAGGAGACAAACGAUCACUAUGGCAAUACGGAAUUCAUUUGUGCAGACGUCACGCAUUUGGAUCUCCCGGCUUCAAGUGCCGACAUCGUCUUCAGCAACUGGCUGUUGAUGUAUUUAUCCAACGACGAGAUUGUCAAUCUUGGCAGGAAGAUGUUGUCAUGGUUACGGAAUGAUGGAUAUUUUUUCUUCCGAGAAUCGUGCUUUCACAAGUCAGGUUCUAAGGCGCGAGAGAACGAUUUCAACCCCACCCAGUACCGUAACCCUGCAGAGUACGUCAGUUUACUGGAACGAGCUGUUCUGCCAGCAGAAAACGGGAACGGUUCUUACGCCUUUGAAAUGGUUCUGUCCAAAAACGUACAGACGUAUCUAAAGAUGAAGCAGAACAAGAACCAAGUCUGCUGGCUCCUGAAGAAGGUCCGCGUGGAUACGGUCCACAACCAUGGUUACAAGACGUUCCAAGAAUUCUUAGACACACAGCAAUAUUCCAGAAACAAAAUCCUAACGUAUGAGAAGAUAUUCGGACGGCAUUUUAUCAGUACAGGAGGCAAGGAAACAACUGAGGAGUUUUGUAAAAUGCUGGACCUCCAACCUGGUCAAAAAGUUCUAGAUGUUGGAUGUGGAAUCGGCGGUGGCGCGUUCCACAUGGCACAGAGAUAUGACGUCAGUGUUUUGGGAGUUGAUUUAUCAGAGAAUGCAGUCAGCAUAGCGUGGGAAAGAUGUCUGGAAUUCAUGGAUUCAAGGGUCGAGUUUGAAGUGGCCGAUGCCACCAAGAGAGACUACCCCGCCGAAUCCUUUGACGUCGUCUACAGUAGAGACACCAUACUGCACAUCGACGACAAGUUGGCGUUGUUUAAAAAAUUCUAC